AUGGAGACGAGGAACAGAUCGUCUCAAGGUACAACUCUCCAUCAGCGGUCACUGUCGCCGUCCGGCCGAUUCUGCUCGUCCUCCAUCUCCGCCACGUCCUCUCACGGCUUCGCGACCCGACCCGACCCCCGAUCCGAUUACAUGUACCCCCGCCCCACGAGCCCGACCCGGGUGACCCUCGGCAGAUCCGUUUCCCCAUCCCAGUCGGUCCGAUUCUCCGCCUAUAGGAACCACCCGAUCGCGUCGCACCACCACCAGAGGCAGAGUCGCGGCCGGCCCCUGAAUUCCGGCGUGAAGAAGACGUGCAUGUGCUCCCCCACGACGCACCCAGGCUCCUUCCGGUGCAGCCUCCACAAGAACAGUCCGGUCCCCGGGUAUAGCAGCCAGGCAGCGGCGCCCUACCGCUCGAGCCAUCAAUUAAACAUGAGGAGAUCGGCGAUGACAAACUCGCUUGUUCGAAUCGGUACGGUGGAGGGCGAUUUGGUGAGGAGGGCCCUGGCGGCGUUGAUUCGGCCGUCGUCCCACAGCCUCCGACGGCGGGGCGAUUUCCAGCCGCGGCCGAGCCGGCUGUCGGUUAUGUCUAAGGCCGAAAAUUUGUUAUAG